AUGGCGGUAGAUCCCAUCUCCACCCCGCCUAAUCAGACCAGCUUCAGAGGAAGAUUCCUUGAGCCGGUGUCAGACUCUAGCCCACCGCAGCGGGGCGACGCAAGCAACGAUCUGUCCGCCCUUCAGGACGAAAAGAAUGAGAAACUGAAAACUGUCCCAGAGCCAAUUGAAGAGGACGAAGACAGUGGUCGCUUUGGGAACAAAGAGACAUCAAAGCCACCAGAACUCAAUGUGUCACAGGUGUGGGUACAAGAUUCCCCUCAGGAUUACAUCGACGACAGGGGCAUUGAGGGCAUGUCGGACGACGCAGCCAGGACCCGAGCGAAUAUCGCUUCUCUGGAGAAACUGAAAGACUGGCUACUGCGCAGAGUCAAUGGGCUUGCAGCUGACACACUGACGCAGGAGCACAUCACGGCUGCAAGCCGCCAGUGGUCUGCGGAGCUUGAAGCUGUCAUUAGCUCGACCCGUUGUGCUGCAUCCCUGGAAAAGGAAAUGGCGAACAAGGCAGUGCCGCGCUGA